GUCGCGGUCCUCCAGCGUCUAGACGUGACGGGCGCGUGCGCCGGAAGUGCACGCAGCAGGCCGGAAGUGAGAGCUGCGUCGCGGACCCGAGAUGAAACCCGCCGUGGACGAGAUGUUCCCUGAGGGCGCCGGGCCCUACGUGGACCUGGACGAGGCUGGGGGCAGCACCGGGCUCCUGAUGGACUUGGCGGCCAAUGAAAAGGCAGUGCACGCAGACUUCUUCAAUGAUUUUGAAGACCUCUUUGAUGACGAUGAUGUCCAGUGAGACUGUCUGCUGUGCCUCGGCCACGGCCCUGUGACACAUGGCGUGGGGACUCAGGACAGGGUCAGGUGGAUUCAGAGACCGCUCGAGAAUGAUGGAAGAGCUGAUCAGCUGACCACUUGGACAGGCCAGUCAUGUCCCCCGGGACCAGCUUGUCCUUGUCUCAAUUAAAAGAAAGCAAUGCCAUCA